AUGCCCUCGAGGGAGUUCGCAACACCGAAGUGCAACGAGCCGCCCCCUGUCGAGGAGAAGUCCAAAUUGAGCAAGGAGGACGAGGCAGAGGUAGCACGAUUGAGAAAGCUGAUUGAGGACCAUCUCAACGAGAGUGCAGAGUCGUCAUGGCGUCAAGAAUACGAGUUCAAGGAGGGAGGAACCGACGGCAAGAAGAUCGCUUUGGUCUACGUCGCGAACGAGGAGGAGCCAUUCCUCAAAGGUCCGGCUGCGCUGGAUGUAGUGACCGCCUACGAAAAGCUAUUGAAGCAAAUCGAAGACGAGAAGUCUUCCAAACAGCAACGUCAUACUGUCUAG